UAUUUUUCAUCUUUCCUACCUGAUUUGUUCUUCUCCUUUGCUUCACAUCUGAAAAUGGGUAAUUGCUUUACGAGCAACAAAAUCGUAUCAGAACAGGAUGACCCUCAAAGCCGCAUCAACGAAGCUAAUGAAGCCAUCAAAGAAACGGGAAAUAGUACAAUUUCCAACAUGGAAGGAGCUGCCGAGGGAUCUGAUGGGGUUAACAUGAAGAUGAAGAAGGUGGUGAGGUUCAAAUUAAACGACGAUGGAUCGGGCGAAGAAACCGAGUCCAAGAAUGGGGCUGUGAGAAUAAGACUUGUGGUGACUCAGGAAGAGUUGAAGCAGAUUAUUUUGAGUUCUGGGAAAGAUUUGAAGCAGCCUUCAAUGGAGCAGUUGACGAGAGUUUUGAAACUGAGAGGUGCUAGGGUUUCUGGAGAUGGAAGAAGAAGCGAUGGUGGUGAGUUUCUUGGAGGUUGGAGGCCGGCAUUGGAGAGUAUUCCGGAGGAACAUUAACAAAUAUAUAUAUGAAACUGUGUUGUUUAACUUACUGUAGUUUUUUGUCCUCAUUAACUCAUCUUCCUUAUUGUAAAG